AUGGGGAGGAGUCGUCACAUUUCCGCGGCCAACCGCGGCCAGAAGCAGCUCCCUCCGUUUCCGACAAAGCAGAUGUUUGUUCUAGCAUGCUGCAGGAUAUGCGAGCCCAUCGCAUUCAUGUCCAUCUUUCCCUACAUCUACUACAUGAUUGAGGAUUUCAACAUUACCGAUGAUUCCAGCAAGAUUUCAGUCUACGCCGGCAUGGUCACCUCUGCCUUCACUCUGGCCGAGUUCUCGACAGGAGUUCUGUGGGGACGACUCAGCGACAAGAUUGGACGGAAACCUGUGCUCCUGUUCGGUCUUCUUGGAACUGCUCUGAGCGUGCUUGUUUUUGGAUUUGCCCCCAGUCUGCCCGUGGCUCUUUUCGCCCGUGCUCUGGGUGGUCUUCUCAACGGUAACAUUGGUGUUCUCCAAACCACAGUCGCUGAACUUGUCACUGUUAAGGAACAACAACCACGCGCCUAUACUAUCAUGCCAAUGGUCUGGUGCAUUGGAUCCAUCAUUGGCCCCAUGAUCGGAGGAGCUCUCGCCAGACCUUGCAUCAGCUACCCCGAGAUCUUUGCCCGCGGAACCAUCUGGGACCGAUACCCUUACCUCCUUCCUAACCUCUUCAGCGCCGCUACCGUCUUUGUUGGCGUCAUUAUUGGACUCCUCUACCUCGACGAGACUCAUGCUGAGAAGAAAACCCAGAGGGACCGUGGACGCGAGAUUGGCGACUAUCUCGCCACGCUGUUCGGCCAAGUGACCAAGUGCAACGGACGAGGACGUGCCCCCGAGAAGAAGGCUCUGCUCGACGGAGAGCGUCACGUCAGCUACGGUAGCCGCCACGGUUCUUCGAGCUCUGAUGAAGAGGACGAGGCUCUUCCCGCCUAUCAAAGCCAGGAAAGCUCGCCCCGACUCGCUCCCAUGGACGACACCCGAUCUCUGGAGUCCCAGCCCCUCGAGCCUAUUGUGCAGGAGAAGCCCAAGACCUUCACCAAGCCCGUCAUCAUGAACAUCAUCUCGUACGGCAUUCUUGCUUUCCACACUAUGACUUUCGAUCAGCUCUUCCCAGUCUUCCUCAGUACCGCCCGACCCGAGCACCCUGUCCAUGACCUCCCUUUCCGCUUCACUGAUGGAUUCGGACUCGAGACCAAGGUGAUUGGAUUCAUCAUGUCGGUUCAGGGUCUCUACUCGCUCUUGUCUAACUACCUGAUCGUUCCCCCGGUCACCCGACGACUGGGCUCUCUGCGCCUCUUCCGACUCCUGGCGUUUUCUUACUUUGCGUUGUACCUGGUCACGCCGUAUCUGGUUCUCCUGCCCGAGCCUAUGAGGAUGCCGGCCAUCUACCUGCUCGUCAUCUGGAAGUGUACCUUUUCGACCAUGGCCUACCCCAGCAACGCUAUCCUGUUGGCGAACUCGGCGCCUUCGAAGCAAGUCCUCGGCACUAUUAACGGUAUUGCGGCCUCGACCGCUAGUCUGUGCCGCGCUCUAGGGCCAACCCUGUCGGGACUCCUGUACUCGUUGGGUCUCCAGACUGGAUACUCUGGACUUGCAUGGUGGUUCAGUGGACUCGUGACCAUUGUGGGAGCGUACCUGAGCUCCCAAAUCACCGAGGGCGGACCCCAGGAGGAGGCGGUGAUGCCAGAGGAGGAAGACCCGCUCAUGGAUGAGGGUCUCUUCACGGACUACGAUGGCGACGACGACAGAGUUUGA